UGAGGUAACAUGCCAAAGCAAUAUGCUUUUAUACUCCAUCUUAUCAUUGGCUGUACUGUCAUAGUCACAGAAGCUACACCAUCCUUCCGAUCAGGUAAGAAGAAUAUCUGGUUGGUUCCGAAAUGCAAAACAUUUCUGUCUCCUCCUCCUCCUCCUCCUCCGUUUCCUCCAUCGACACGGACAUCUGCCCUACUGGUUGAUAUAACGGAAUAUCUCAGGGGACCAAAGGGUGAAAAGGGCUGCAAAGGACCAAAGGGUCAGAUGGGUCGACGCGGUCAAAAGGGAGAAGAGGGAACCCAUGGUUCCCCUGGUGUGAUAGGACUCAUAGGCCAAAAGGGAGAGAAGGGGGAUAGAGGCUGGCGUGGUUUAUUCGGUGACAUUGGCAGACCUGGAACACAUGAGGGUCCUCAAGGACGCACUGGUUCAAAAGGCGAGAAGGGACUGAAAGGUGACCCGGGACAAAAAGGUGGAAAGGGUUCCACUGGAAAACCUGGUCUCCAUGGACAGAAGGGUGACCGAGGACUAAAAGCAUACACUGGAUUACGAGGACUGGAUGGACCUAGGGGAAGUCCCGGGCAUAGAGGGACAAUGGGAAUAAAAGGUCAUCGUGGACCGCAUGGGUUAACUGGAUAUCAUGGAGUUGUGGGCAAACAGGGCACAACAGGAAAAACUGGUGCUCCAGGGGAAGUAUAUGUUAUUCAAGGACACAGAGGGGAGAAAGGCCAUAAAGGACCUUCUGCCUUUUGUAAUUGUUCUUCAGCAAAUUCCUUCAUGCCAAUCCCUGGCACAGAAAGAUAUAAUGCUGAUAAGGCAGUAUCUAUUUACAUUGUGAAUGGUGAGAGCGAGAUGUCGAAGUUAAGAUCUGAAAAUGUUAUGGUCCUGAGGAGAGAUACUCGCAUGCUGUUCGUCUACAGUGGCUCUGAAUGGAUUGAUGUUAUGGCUCAGAACAAACAUCCCACUGCAUCUGCUCUGUGACUGCCCUCCUGCAAGAAGCACCCCCAUGUAGUAUGUGGUUCUGUCCUUGAGCUGUUGUCUGUUGUCAUGUUCUGUAAUAUGUCAUGUUUCAUGUUUUGUGUGGACCCCAGGAAGAGUAGCUGCUGCUUUUGCAAUGGGGAUCCCAAUAAAACACCAAAAAAUACUCAAAACAAAUGAAGAAGCCCCUACCGUCCAUUUAAAAUUAAAAUGUCAUAUGGCAUGUCUGUCACUAUAGGCUACUGUGGAAUAAAAUUAAAUAAAAUUCACAUCCUAAUUUCUAUUAUGUCUGUCUGACUCAGUGCACUGAAUGUCCACACUAU